AAUACCAACGCCCCUCAGAGCGGAGACCGGCCACCAAGUCCACUGCCGAGCUCCCCCAUCCCUGUACCCAAAACCUCAGACAAAAAACCCUAACCCUAACCCUAGAUCUCUUAAAUUAAUGGGGCUCUUCAUCAAUUGAACCUCGGAUCGUCGCUCUCGAGACCGAACCAUGGCCUCCCUUGUCAGAUCUAGGGUUUUAUUAUCUUCACUCUGGAUCCUUCUUCUUCUGACUGGCAUUGUCGCUGCUGAGCAUCGCCGCCCGAAGAGUGUUCAGGUCUCGCUUAGGGCUAAGUGGCCGGGUACUUCGCUGCUGAUGGAAGCUGGAGAGUUGCUGUCCAAACAAUCAAAUGGUUUGUUUUGGGAGUUCACCGAUCUCUGGCUGCAACUAGACAGAGGCUCUGACUGUCAAAGUGCAAGGUGUUGCAUUAAAAAAAUUGUUGAUGAUGGACGUUCAAUGUUAAGCAACCACCUAGGAUCAAUUUUUGAGUUCUCUCUCACUCUUCGUUCAGCAUCUCCCAGAUUAGUGCUCUACAGGCAGUUGGCAGAGGAUUCUUUAAGUUCAUUUUCUAUAGAUGAAGAAGUAGGCUCAUUAAAUUUUACGGGUGAUGAGUCGGGAAGGGUUGCCGAUAGUUCAGUUGUCAGCAAUAAUCAGUCAAUUCCUCCAAGCAGUUGUUGCUGGGUAGACACUGGUAGCAUGCUCUUGUUUAAUGUCUCUCAACUUCUCUCUUGGCUUGAUACUUCAUUUAAACAACCUCUUGGUGCCUCCGAGAAUCCCGAACUUUUUGAAUUUGAUCACAUUUAUGAUGGUUUGAGUAUCGCUGGUCCAAUUGCUAUCUUUUAUGGAGCCUUAGGAACUGAAUGCUUCAAUGAGUUUCAUGUCGCCCUGGUAGAUGCAUCGAAAAAGGGAAAAGUUAGGUAUGUUGUUAGACCUGUCCUUCCUAUUGGGUGUCCAGUCGCAGCCAGCUCUUGCAGUGUUGUUGGUACUUCAGGAGCAGUGAACUUGGGUGGUUAUGGAGUUGAACUUGCUUUGAAGAAUAUGGAAUACAAAGCCAUGGAUGACAGUGCAAUAAAGAAAGGAGUUACUCUUGAAGAUCCAAGAACUGACGACCUCACUCAAGAAGUUAGAGGAUUUAUAUUCUCCAAAAUCAUGGAACGCAAACCAGAGCUAACUGCUGAGGUUAUGGCCUUCAGGGACUAUCUAUUAUCAUCAACAAUAUCAGACACUUUGGAAGUUUGGGAACUGAAAGAUUUGGGUCAUCAGACAGCCCAGAGGAUUGUCCAAGCUUCGGACCCCUUACAGUCCAUGCAAGAAAUCAACCAAAAUUUCCCCAGCAUUGUUUCAUCAUUGUCUCGCAUGAAGCUCAACGAGUCUGUCAAGGAUGAAAUAAUUGCAAACCAGCGAAUGGUUCCUCCUGGGAAGUCCUUAAUGGCGCUAAAUGGCGCUUUAAUCAACAUUGAAGAUAUUGAUCUUUACAUGUUAAUGGAUCUUGUUCAUGAAGAGCUAUUGUUGGCUGACCAGCUGUCAAGGAUAAAGCUUCCUCAAAGUGCCAUUCGGAAGAUUUUGUCAGCAGCUCCUCCAUCCGAGUCUAAUUCAUUUCGUGUUGACUUUCGAUCUAGUCAUGUUCAUUAUCUUAAUAAUUUGGAGGAAGAUGCCAUGUACAGACGAUGGCGAAAUAAUAUCAAUGAGAUAUUGAUGCCCGUCUUCCCUGGUCAGCUUCGGUACAUCCGUAAAAAUUUAUUCCAUGCUGUUUAUGUGCUGGAUCCUGCAACAUCUUGUGGAGCUGAGUCUAUUGAUAUGAUUCUAUCCAUGUAUCAAAGUAAUGUUCCAAUGAGAUUUGGGGUGAUACUAUACUCUUCAAAACUGAUCAAGACAAUUGAAGAAAAGGGUCACAAUUAUGCAGUAAAUAAUGAGGCAAAAAAUGGGGAGGAUAUUUCCAGCUUGAUUAUACGACUUUUCAUAUACAUCAAGGAGAACUACACCACACAGUUGGCUUUCCAGUUUCUAAGCAAUGUGAACAAGAUAUGGAGUGUUGCAGAUGAUCUUCAUGAAGAGGCCCCUGAGGCACAUCAUGUUGAAGCAGCUUUCGUUGAAACUGUACUGCCUAAAGCUGAUUCACCUCCUCAAGAUACACUUCUAAAACUUCAAAGAGAAGGCAAGUAUGUGGAGGAAGCUAAAGGAAGCUCACUUUUUGUGUUCAAGCUAGGGUUGUCCAAACGUCAUUGCUGCCUCUUGAUGAAUGGACUCGUACAGGAGUCAAGUGAGGACGCUGCCAUGAACGCUAUGAAUGAAGAGCUUCCUCGAAUUCAAGAACAAGUAUACUAUGGCUAUAUCACCUCAAAAACAGAUGUAUUAGAAAAAUUUCUUUCGGAAAGUGGCCACCAACGAUAUAAUCCUCAGAUACUUGGUGAAGGGAAGGAAAAGAAAAAGUUUAUAUCACUCUUUACAUUAUUUUUUGGGGGUGAAACUACACUGCAAGAAGUAAAGUACUUGCAUUCCUCUGAAACUGCUGAUGAUUUAAAGCCAGUGACACAUCUUCUUGCUGUUAAUGCUUCUUCAAGAGAAGGGAUGAAAUUACUGCAUGAGGGAAUUAAUUACUUGAUUGAAGGAUCAACAAGAGCUCGUCUUGGUGUACUGUUUUAUGGUAAUUCUGAGGCCAAUUCACCUGCUUUACUUUUAGCAAAGGUUUUUGAAAGAACUGUUUCUUCAUUCAGUCACAAGGAGAACGUCCUGGAGUUUUUGGAUCAGCUAUGCACCUUCUAUGAAAGUCAGUAUAUAUCAGUGCUAUCACUGGCUUCUGACAGCUUGAGCCUUUUUGUUGAAAAGAUUUCUGAGCUAGCCGAGAUGCACGGCUUGCCUUCUGAUGACUAUAAAUCAAUUCUUUCAAGUGUUUCCUCAGAUAUGAUAAAGAAACAAAUGGAUAAGGUAUUCAAUCUUUUGUCCAGACAAAUUGGACCUGAGUUUGGUAACGCUGCUGUGAUCACCAACGGAAAAGUACUUAUUCCUAUUGGUGUGACUUCUUUUCUAAGUGAUGAUUUUAGUCUUCUAGAAUCUGUUGAAUAUGAUCAAAGGAUAAAGUACAUUUCAGAAAUUAUUGAAGAGGUAGAUUGGAAAGACAUUGACCCAGAUGAUCUCACCAGCAAGUUCUACAGUGAUCUUAUCAUGUUGGCCUCUUCUUCAAUGGCUAUCCGAGAACGAAGUUCUGAAAGGGCCCAUUUCGAAAUUCUAAAUGCAGAACACAGUGCGGUCAUUAUGAAUAAUGCAAAUUCUGCCUUACAUAUUGAUGCUGUUAUUGAUCCAUUAAGUCCUGCCGGACAAAAGCUUUCCCCACUUCUUCGUGUACUAUGGAAGUGCAUUCAACCAAGCAUGAGAAUCAUACUUAAUCCAAUAAGUUCUCUUGCUGACCUUCCAUUGAAAAACUUCUACCGAUAUGUUGUGCCGUCAGUGGAUGAUUUUAGUGCUGUUGAUUAUUCUGUAAAUGGCCCUAAAGCUUUCUUUUCAAAUAUGCCACUGUCCAAAACUCUUACAAUGAAUCUUGAUGUGCCCGAGCCUUGGCUUGUUGAACCAACUGUCGCUAUCCAUGAUCUCGACAACAUCCUGCUUGAGAACCUUGGUGAUGUAAGUACUUUGCAAGCAGUUUUUGAACUUGAGGCACUUCUCUUGACAGGCCAUUGCUCUGAGAAAAAUCAUGACCCGCCUCGAGGACUUCAGCUGUUUCUUGGUACGAAGCAAAUGCCACAUGUAGUAGAUACACUGGUUAUGGCUAAUUUGGGUUACUGGCAAAUGAAGGUUUCCCCUGGAGUAUGGUACCUUCAGCUUGCUCCUGGCAGAAGUGCUGAUCUUUAUGUGCUAAAAGAAAGUGAAGAUGAGAGUUUGUCUUCGAAACGCAUUACAAUAAAUGAUCUAAGGGGUAAAGUCCUACACAUAGAAGUGGCAAAGAAAAGGGGCAAGGAACAUGAAGAAUUACUCAUUGCUUCUGAUGACAACAAGGUCAAUGAAAGGAAGACAGAUGAUCGCCAUAGUUGGAAUGCUAAUUUGUUGAAGUGGGCAUCUGGCUUCAUUGGUGGAAAUGGGAAGAAAUCGUUGGGCCACAAGAAGACUGAAAGACAUGGAGAAACAAUAAACGUAUUUUCAGUUGCUUCUGGGCAUUUGUAUGAGCGUUUCCUUAAGAUCAUGAUACUAAGUGUUCUUAAGAACACCCAAAGACCGGUGAAAUUUUGGUUCAUCAAGAACUAUCUGUCUCCUCAGUUCAAGGAUUUCAUACCUCACAUGGCAGAUGAGUAUGGAUUUGAGUAUGAGUUAAUCACCUACAAGUGGCCUACGUGGUUGCACAAACAGAAAGAGAAGCAGCGAAUCAUCUGGGCUUAUAAAAUCUUUUUUGAGCUUUAUUUCCCUCUUUCCCUUAGCGAAGUGAUAUUUGUUGAUGCAGAUCAAGUUGUAAGAGCAGACAUGGGAGAGCUUUAUGACAUGGAUAUAAAAGGCAGGCCCCUUGCGUACACACCGUUUUGUGACAACAACAAGGAAAUGGAUGGUUAUCGCUUCUGGAGACAAGGCUUUUGGAAGGACCAUUUGCGAGGAAGACCGUAUCAUAUCAGUGCUUUAUAUGUUGUUGAUUUGGUAAAGUUCCGGCAAACAGCAGCUGGAGACACAUUAAGGGUGUUUUAUGAAACCCUUAGCAAGGAUCCCAACAGUCUCUCCAACCUUGAUCAGGAUCUCCCGAACUACGCCCAACACACCGUUCCAAUAUACUCCCUCCCUCAAGAAUGGCUAUGGUGCGAAUCUUGGUGUGGUAAUGCAACAAAAUCCAAGGCAAAGACUAUUGAUCUAUGUAACAAUCCCAUGACGAAAGAGCCCAAACUUCAGGGUGCUAAAAGAAUAAUUCCGGAGUGGGUUGAUCUCGAUAAGGAGGCAAGGAGAGUUACUUCAGUGAUAUCUGGAGAACAGAAGGACCUCACACAAGCACCUCCACUGAGCCCACAGCCAGAUAGUUCAACAAGCAAGGGUGAAGAGAGAGAUUUAGAAUCUUUGGCAGAAUUGUGAUCAUGGGGAAAAAAUAUAUAUAUAUAUAUAUAAUCUUGCAAGUUCUUAUAGAUUUAUUCGAAGGCUCAGUCAGAGAGCCAAAGUGCCAACAUUUUAGUGAGGCAGAGUUUCUCAUAGAAAUUGUAGUAUAGAGUUCAGUUGGCCAAUACGAUUAUACCCUUGUCAUCAUGUCAUAAGCGAAGAAGAUACAUUUGUAAAAUUAUUUAUAUGAGCCUACGAAGUGGCUAAUUUUGAUUUUUUUUUUGGGAAAGAAAAUAAUAGCAUGUCAAAACAAGGAUAAAGUUUCUCUAAUUGCUUAUAUCGUGUAUAAGUAACGCGUAUAUUCCUCUCCUUUUGCGUCUCCAAUCUAAUAAUAGCAGCUUGUUACUCGUGUUGGGAUCAAA